UGUUCAUCAGCCCAUAUCUCCAAUCCACCUGCAUCAUCAAGAUCCCCAUUUCCCUCAACUAGUGUAGAGCUUCCCCACACCAAACCCUAUCUGUCCCUUUAUCAGGAGCUCCCACCAUUCCACGCCUUCUCUUCGACUCUUCCUAGCUCCCCGGCCUCACCUCCACCGAUCCAGCGCCGUCGUCCGCCCGCUGCCCAUGGCGUCCACCACCAGCGACAGCCUCCCCUCCUCCCCCUCCCUGCCCACCACCGCAGCGCUCGACGGCGCCGCCGACCAGGAGUUCUCUUCCCAGCACCAGCACCACCAUCACCAAAGCCUCUUCCUCCCGUCCUCCUCCCACGCCAGCCUGUACCUCGACUCCUCCUUCCACGGCCUCCUCCGGCCCGCUUCCUCCACGGCCAUGUCGUCGCCUUCCCCUCCACCGCCGGUGCCACCGCCGCUCCCUCCCGCCCCGGCGCCCGCCGCCAAGCCGGCCAAGAAGCGCCCCAGGGCCUCCCGCCGCCCGCCCACCACGGUGCUCACCACCGACACCUCCAACUUCCGCGCCAUGGUGCAGGAGUUCACCGGCUUCCCGGCGCCGCCCUUCGCCCCAGCGCCGCCCCCCGCCGUACGCCCGCGCCUCCUCGGCGGCACGCCGCCGUUCCUCUUGCGCCCGUCGCCUCUCAAGUACCCCGUGCUGCUGCCCCCCAGCGCUUGCACCACCACCCUAGCUAACACCACCAUUAACGCAAGCGGUAGCAAUAAUAAUGUUACUGCCAGUACCAGCUCCCUCGUGGACGCGCUCGCGCUGUUCGCCAAGAGCAACGCGAUGCCGAGCGGCGGCGCCGGCGCAGCUACAGCGGCGGCGGCGACGUCCGGCGGAUCAUCAGGCGCGGCGGCUGAUCACUACCACGGAAUCGGCAUGGGAGGGUUCAGCUUCAACUCGUUCGAUGAUUUCGAUCCACCGGCGGCGGCGGCGGAAGCCGAGAGAGGGGACCCCGGUGGCGGCCAUGGUUUCUUCUCCUCUUUCACCGCCGGAGACAAGUACGGCCGGCACUAGCAGUACGUAAGCGAUCUCUCCCUCUCUGUUAAAUCGGUGUGCUCAUCGAGAGAGCGAGUUCGAUCUGUGUGGAGGAUGGAGAGAAGCAAAGCUAAUUCUUGGCUACUAGCUUCUACUACUUGGCCACUACAAAUGUUUAAUUUUUUUGCAUUGGGCAAGCUGCAUAAUUGUGAGUCUUGAUUUCUUGGUUUUGGCAUAUGAUGCGUAUGUACAUACAUAAAUCUGGGCCUUUUUGACUUGUUCCUCCAAGUUAAUAAUUUUGGAUUUUUGAUGUUGAAAUUUUGUUGGUGCAAAAUGGAAGGAAAAUAUAUAA